CAAAAACAAUUCGGGAUACAAAGAAUUGUACACUGCGAGACACUGGGAUCCCUCAAAAUACAUCGUAUUCUCGGCUGAAUACUUAACGUACAGUUGCAGUCUCUUGACAGCUGUAGAGAUGGUCUCGCCUGUCACUGUGGUGAAGUCGGAAGGGCCGAAACUAGUGCCCUUCUUCAAGGCCACCUGUGUGUACUUCGUGCUGUGGCUGCCCACCUCCAGUCCUUCCUGGUUCAGCGCUCUCAUCAAGUGCCUGCCCAUCUUCUGCCUGUGGGUCUUUCUGCUGGCGCACGGCAUCAGCUUUUUAGGUGCCCAUUCCAGUGCCCGAAAGAUCUUCGCUGGACUCAUUUUCUCCGCUCUGGGAGAUGCCUUUUUAAUCUGGCAGGAGCAGGGCUACUUCAGCCAUGGCCUUCUGAUGUUUGCCAUCACCCACAUCCUCUACUCCUCCGCCUUCGGCAUGAAGCCCCUGAACGCGAUGGCGGGCCUGGUGAUCGGGGCUGUCUCGGCGGUCAGCUACGCGCUUCUCUACCCCUACCUGUCCGGGCCGUUCACCUACCUGGUGGCCGUGUACAUCGGCCUGAUCGGCUUCAUGGGCUGGCGGGCCAUCGCGGGCGUGCAGCUGGCCAACGACCUGUGGACGUGGACCAAGCUGUCGGCGUGCCUGGGCGCCGUGCUCUUCAUGGUGUCCGACCUGACCAUCGCCGUCAACAAGUUCUGCUUCCCCGUGCCGCACUCGCGCGCCAUCAUCAUGGCCACCUACUACGCCGCGCAGAUGCUCAUCGCGCUCUCCGCCGUCGAGUGCCAGGAUGCCGACAUGGCCAGGAAACGAGCGUGAGAUGACCCCCAAACCCCCCCCCCCCACCCCUCCCGCCAACACUGCCCCAGCACCCAAGCUUCGUCUGCCACCCACCUCAUGCCCGCCUGAGAGGGGGGGGGGGG